AUGAAGCGAGGAGGGCGCUGUCGCCUAACCGGUCCCCAACGGCGCCGGAGCACAAGCAAGGUCCAGGGGCACGGGCCCCGCUUUGGUUCCAGUCGGACACACAGAGGACUUGGCUCUACUGAGCCGGAGCCCCGGCUGCCGCCGCCGCCAGCAGCCGUUGCCGCCGUUUCGGCCAAACCAUCCUUCAGACACCCACGCCGCCGCCUCACAACAUGGCCGCAGCAGCUGCUGGAACCCAGGCGGGCGCCUGAGAACGAAUACAGACAGUCAGGCACAAGGGAAACGGCACUGGAGGUCGCCGUAGCCGUUAAGCCCGAACGCAGAUCGUGGAAGCCAAAACCGCGGCAACGGUGGUCCCUCAAGAGGCCAGAGAAGAGGUUUGGGGGAAGUCUGUCCCGACACCCUUUGCGCUACCGGAAGCCUCACCCCCUUAGUCCCCACUCCCCCGUCGAACGAGUUCCGGGUGUGACUGCCACCCUUCCCCCACCCGCACCGGCGGGAACCGCUGGACCUCGCGGCCCUCAGCUUUCUCCUGCCGCGGUUGCGGCACGCUCCCGCGGAUCCUGCCCUUGUAUGGGGGCCGUAGCCGGCCGAGCGCGCGCCUCGCCGUACCGGAAAACCUCGAGCACGCGCUUGCUCUUCGGCUGCGGCUCCAGACUGCUUUGGGUUCAUCCUGAGUCUGCAAGAGGAUUUAUCACACAGUAAUCACUAAAGAAUCCACUGGAACUGUUGGGAAGAAGUAAUGAAGGUGCCUUGAAAUUUAGGCUUUUGACAGCUGGAAAGGAAGAAAAUAAUUUGUGUUCAAAAUAAUAUAAAGUUGUGGAGACAGAAAUUGCUCUGGGAACAGUGAGGAGAUCGCCUUAAUUGAAUUAAAGCAUUUGUGUUUACAGUAGUGAGAGAGAAGUAAGAAAGCCAAAUACAUGAGACAGCAGAAGUCAUGAAGUAAUAGAAGCCAAGAAAUAGAGAGAGGGGAGAAGAGAGAAGUCAGUUGUAACUAGAGCAAUAGAAGAAAGGUAAGAAGCUUUCUUUAGGCCUCAAAAAAUCAUGUCAGAGUUCAAAAAAAAUGGAUCACCUGAGUGUUGGUGUGUUCUGCUGUUUCAUUCUUUUUUUUUCCCCCAAGAUGUUAUUUAUUUUUAGA